AAAGUAACAAUGGCAUGCACCAUUUGCCGUAAAAAAAAAGUCAAAUGUGACGGUAUUCAACCUUGUUGUAUGCGUUGCAAAUCGUCCGGUCAACCUUGCGAAUACACAGACCCACCUCGGAAAAGAGGACCCCCCAAAGGUUAUGUGGAAGUCAUUGAGAAUCGAGCUCAUCGCAUUGAAUCG